AACCUCUUCCGGGUCAGUCCGUACAUGAGUAGAGUGACAGUAGCAGCGAAAAGUAAACUCUUAAGUUUUUCAUUUGUUUUUUUAUUACUUAACAAACUAAGCUUGUUACAUUAAUAUAUUAUCAGUGUGUUUUGUUUUAAAGAAAAAUGGUGUUUUACUUCACAAGUGCCGUGGUGGACACCCCAUUCACCAUCUACAUGGGAAAAGAUAAAUAUGAAAAUGAGGAUCUGAUUAAAUAUGGCUGGCCUGAAGACAUCUGGUUUCAUGUUGACAAACUCUCCUCUGCUCAUGUUUAUCUAAGAAUGCCAAAGGGGAAAACCAUUGAUGAUAUUCCUCCAGAGGUGCUAAUAGACUGUGCACAGCUGGUGAAGAACAACAGCAUCCAGGGCUGUAAGAUGAACAACAUCAAUGUGGUUUACACCCCGUGGGCCAACUUGAAGAAAACAGGAGAGAUGGAUGUUGGACAGAUUGGCUUUCACAGACAGAAAGAGGUGAAGAUUGUAGCUGUGGAGAAGAAGAUCAAUGAGAUCGUAAACCGUCUAGAGAAGACGAAAGAAGAGCGCUAUCCCGACCUGGCGGCAGAGAAGGAGGCAAGAGACCGGGAGGAGAGGAACGAGAAGAAAGCUCAACUUCAGGAACAGAAGAGGAGAGAGAAGGAAGAGCAGAAGAAGAAAAAGGAGAUGGAGGAUCUCAGGAAUUAUACUUCACUGAUGAAGAGUGAAAAGAUGAAAACCAAUGAGGAUGGCUAUGACUCGGACGACUUCAUGUGACGCCUGCAAAUACAACGGCCGUGCAGAUGAUGGUCUGGAAGCCCCUCCCCUUUCUGCACCUCUUUACAGACUUUGAAUUAAAGAAAAUCAAA